AUGGAAAGCACAAAGGACUUGGAAUUUUAUCAAGAGCUUGUAGCCGCGAAAGAGCUUGAAGUCGCAAUGUCAACAACUGAGGAGAGAUCAAGCCACAACCACAACAAGCGUCUAAUUGAAGCUCUUACCACUGAAAUGGAGCAAAGUUUCGACAACCACUUAGAUCAAAUUCGUCAAGGGCAUCACAGAGCACGAAAAAUGAAGGAACAAGAGCUUAAGUCUAAGCCACCGGAUAACUCAUUGAGAUCAACACAGAGCAGAAAAGAAGAUUACCUAGAGUGGGAGAAAAAUAUGGACGAGUGGUUUUCCUACAAAAACUUCUUGAGCGAGAUGAGAUUUGUUUGUGCACUUAGCCACCUCACGGGAAACGCUUACAAAUGGUGGUUGCAAGAAGUUGAAGAUCGCUUAUAUUAUAAGGAGCCACCUAUCACUUUGUGGAGAGAUCUUAAGGAAUUUCUAAGGAAUAAAUAUGCUCUGCAAGUAUCAAACCGCUCUCGAAAAGUCAGUAUCACAGCCCAAGGGUUAGCAGCUCAAGAAAAGGAACAAGUCUUAGCCCCAUAUUCGAAGAAAAACCCCAUAGCAGAACAACAGUUGAAGGAUGAAAUUCUGAAGAUUCUCAAUGCUUACAACAAACCCAAGAAAGCUAAGUCAACAUCUCAACCAAAGAUGGUCACCAAAGAAGUUGUAAUUCAGAAGCAAAGCCUAAAACCAUCACUUGAAUCAAGCGUUGAGCCAAAGCACUGUCAUACUAUGGAGCAUGAGAAUGACAAAACUGAAGGAAGCACAAAAGAGGAGAAUCAUCAUUUGGUGUCAACCACUUCACAAGCUUGUCGAGCUGACUAUGUUUCAAAAAUCACCAUCUUGAACAAGAAUGGACCGCCAUAUGUAUCACAACCAGUUCUAAACCGAGAGUUACCUAAAGAAGAACCACGUGAAUUAGGAGAAUUCACUCAAGUUGAGGCUAUCAUGAUCCACAAACAAUCACCUAGAGCUGAAUGCAAUAUUUUUUUCAAGGAUAAACCACCAGAUGCUACACUACCAUUUAAAACUCGAGGUUGUACACUUUGGAGGCCAAUCAAGAAGACUAAUGAUCGGGAGAUAAGCACUCAUCAUAUGAGUCAAUCAAGAGAUCCUCGUAAAGAUUAUCAAAAUCAACUUUGGCUAAAACACAUAGAAGAAUGCAUAGAGGAGCCUGAAAUGGAUAUUUCUUCAUUUAGUACUUUCCAUACCUAUCUGUGGCGACCAGGAGAGUUGUUAGAUAGCUCUAGAGAGGAGGAGUUGGUCACCAACAAUGCCUUGAUCCAAAAAGAACCCCCGGAUCCAACGCCACUUCCAUUAGUCAUGAUGAUACCAAGCACCGAACACACUGUGAACCUUACUCAGGAGCCACCAGACUUAGAAUUUCUCAUGUCCAAUCUCUUUGAGAGGACUGGAAUUGGAGUUGUUUUGAUGCCAAAGAUCGAUUAUCCAUCCAACCGAACAAGAAGAAAAAGCGACAAUGCUUAUGAACUUGAGUUGCAAGGUGAAUUGGAUUUGAGGUCAAAUCUUUUUCAAGUGGGAGAGGAUGAUGUGAUCAUGGAAAGCACAAAGGACUUGGAAUUUGAUCAAGAGCUUGUAGCCGCGAAAGAGCUUGAACCUGAGGAGCAUUUUGAAGCAGAAAAUGAACUUAUAACGGAGAAAGAGUAUGGAAAGAUGUUAUCUUAA